AAAUUUCUCAGUCCACUCAGUCUUAAAAAAUUCUCAAAGUUUUCGAUCCUCUCUCUUUCUUUUUGUUGUCAUGGGGGUUUUGGAGCUUGUCUGGUUUUUUCCUCUUUGAAUCUACUACUAAAUUUCAUGAAAUCUGAGCUGAAUCUGUGACUGAUUUUAGAUCGAGAGUCGGGACUUGAGGAGUGGUCUGGGAAGAGGUUAGGUCUUUGAUCUGAUGGCGAAUUGCUGAGAGGGAGGGUGAAUUUGUGUUCCAAAUCUGUGAAUAUUAGGGUUUUUGUUGUUUUGUCGCUGCGGGAACCUGGUUAAAUGCAGAGGCCCACGACUAGGUAUCUGGAGAGAUCCAACACUAUGAAUAGGGAGAAACGAGUGCUGGAUCCGCAUGAUGCAGAAGAAGGACAGUCUCCGAAGAAGCGGCCUGCACUUGCUAGUGUAAUUGUUGAGGCGCUCAAGGUGGAUAGUCUGCAGAAGCUUUGCUCAUCAUUGGAGCCUAUUCUUCGUAAAGUUGUUAGUGAAGAAGUGGAGCGUGCACUGGCAAAAUUAGGGCCUGCUAGGCUCAAUGGGAGGUCUUCUCCAAAAACAAUAGAAGGGCCUGAUGGAAGAAACUUGCAGCUGCACUUCAGGUCUAGGUUGUCCCUCCCCCUCUUUACUGGAGGAAAAGUAGAAGGGGAGCAGGGUGCUGCAAUCCAUAUUGUCUUGAUCGAUGCAAACUCAGGCCUUGUGGUGACAUCAGGGCCAGAGUCCUCGGCAAAACUAGAUGUUGUUGUGCUUGAAGGUGAUUUCAACAACGAAGAUGAUGAUGGUUGGACACAAGAAGACUUUGAAAGCCAUGUGGUAAAAGAGCGUGAAGGGAAGAGGCCACUUCUGACUGGGGACUUGCAAGUGACGCUGAAAGAAGGUGUAGGAACCCUUGGAGAUCUAACAUUUACGGAUAACUCUAGCUGGAUAAGGAGCAGAAAGUUCAGGUUAGGUGUAAAGGUUGCUUCAGGCUACUGUGAAGGAAUUCUUAUUCGUGAGGCAAAAACAGAUGCAUUUACUGUUAAGGAUCAUAGGGGGGAAUUAUACAAGAAACACUAUCCACCUGCAUUGAAUGAUGAGGUGUGGAGGUUGGAGAAGAUUGGCAAGGAUGGAUCGUUCCAUAAGAGGUUGAAUAAGGCUGGCAUAUACACAGUUGAGGACUUUCUUCGGCUUGUUGUCAGAGACCAACAGAAAUUGCGGAAUAUCCUUGGGGGUGGCAUGUCAAAUAAGAUGUGGGAGGUUCUUGUAGAACAUGCGAAGACUUGCGUUCUAAGUGGGAAACAUUAUAUCUAUUAUUCUGACGACAUGAGGAAUGCCGGUGUUGUUUUUAACAAUAUAUAUGAGCUGAGUGGACUUAUUGCAGGUGGACAGUAUUAUCCUGCGGAUGCUCUUUCUGACAGUCAGAAGGUCUAUGUGGAUACCUUGGUGAAGAAGGCAUAUGACAAUUGGUUGCAUGUUAUAGAGUAUGAUGGCAAGGCACUUUUAGGCUUUAAGCAGAACAAAAGAUCGACUCGAAGUGAAUUUCCUAUGGGCUCAGCAGAUUUUGGAAAGUCAUUUGAUCAGCAACUCUCUCUUCCCCAUCCACCUGCUCCUGCUCCUUCACAGCAGCCUUCAAUGAAUACAUGCAUGGCUAUCGGGGGUUACAAUGAUAAUCUAGCUACUCAUUACCCCACACAGCCCCAGCAAAUAAACUCCAAUACUCAUAUCCAGUUUGAUGCCACUGCAUUUGCCCCACACAGCCAGAUGAUUGGAGCUCCAAACCAGGCCCAAGUGGUGAGAAAUAAUGACAUUGUCGGACUGGCCUUGGGGCCACCACAUUCAUCAACAUCAGGUUUCCAGAAUGUUGGUCCAUCUGCCCAGACGACUAAUCUUGCUUGUGAUGACUGGUCACGUUACCGCGAUAAUAGAGGAGUUGAUGAAUUCUUCUCAGAGGAAGAAAUCCGCAUGAGAAGUCAUGAGAUGCUUGAAAACGAAGACAUGCAGCAUCUGCUUCGAGUCUUCAGCAUGGGAGGCAAUAAUAUAACUGAAGAUGUGUACCCUUAUUCUACUUCAUUCAUGCCAUCCCCAUCACCAAACUAUGGUUAUGAUGAGGACCGGUCCCGUUCAUCUGGCAAAGCUGUUGUAGGAUGGCUCAAGCUCAAGGCAGCCUUGAGGUGGGGUAUUUUUAUCAGGAAGAAAGCAGCUGAGAAGCGGGCACAACUUGUCGAGUUGGAUGAUUAGUGUUUAGUGAAAUCAUGUUGUGGGAAGCUGUGGUUGGGGUUCCUUUCUUGUAUUCCUGGGAUUUCGUGUGUGUUGGGAUUCUUAUCAGUUGACCUGGAAUCUUUGUUUGUACAGUUCUCCCUGUACAGUAAGUUUGUUUCUGUUAACAACCUUACGAACAGUUUAAUUCAUUAUAUCUCUCUCUGCUCUCUCUGGUGUUUUAGAUUCCCCCACUAUUAGGCUCCGGAAGGAAGGGGCUCGGAAGGUUUCAGUGCUUGGAUGUUCCUUCUGUGACGCAUAACAUUUCUGUAUUAUUGACCUUGUUAUGCUAAGUUAAUCCUUUUCAGAU